AUGAGCGAAGGAGACGUUCAACCGCCUGGUGCGCCCAUGGUCGUUGCAGAGGCGAAAGACACUGAUACAUACCAUGUCCCUAAGCAGAUGUUUGAUAAGCACCCCGCUAAGCCCCACCUGAGCGGCAUGGAAGAAUACCAGAAGAUGUACAAAGAGUCCAUCGAGGAGCCAAAGAAGUUCUGGGGGAAGAUGGCAAGGGAUCUCCUCACGUGGGACAGAGACUUUCAGACUGUUCAUUCCGGGUCUUUUACCCAUGGUGACAACGCUUGGUUCCUCGAGGGCAGGCUCAAUGCCUCGUACAAUUGUGUCGAUCGUCAUGCCUUCAAGCAUCCCAAUAAGCCAGCCAUCAUAUACGAAGCAGACGAGCCAAACGAAGGUCGCACAAUAUCAUACGGGGAGCUGCUCCGGGAAGUCUCACAGCUUGCCUAUGUCUUGAAGCAGAUGGGCGUGAAGAAGGGAGACACAGUCGCCCUUUACUUGCCCAUGGUGCCUGAAGCCUUGAUAUCUUUUCUUGCCUGUAGCCGUAUUGGUGCUGUUCAUUCGGUCGUCUUCGCGGGCUUCUCUUCGGAUUCUCUCAGAGAUCGGGUGAUUGAUGCCAAUUCCAGGGUUGUCAUCACUAGUGAUGAGGGCAAGAGAGGCGGCAAAAUAAUUGGCACUAAGAAAAUAGUUGAUGAUGCAUUGAAGCAAUGCCCCAACGUCACACAUUGCUUAGUGUUCAAACGCACGGGCGCCGAUCUAUCCAAGAAUUGGACCAGCGGGCGAGACUUCUGGUGGCAUGAGGAAACGGAGAAGUAUCCAAAUUACAUCGCUCCCGAGCCUAUGAACUCGGAAGACCCGCUCUUCCUCCUAUACACUUCGGGAUCAACGGGCAAGCCGAAGGGUGUCAUGCAUACCACAGCCGGCUACUUGCUAGGCGCAGCAGCGACUGGCAAGUAUGUUUUCGAUAUCCACGACAACGACAAGUUCUUCUGUGGUGGUGAUGUUGGCUGGAUCACUGGACAUACGUACGUCGUAUACGCGCCUCUUCUCCUUGGUAUUGCUACUGUUGUCUUCGAAGGCACUCCGGCAUAUCCCAAUUUCUCGCGAUAUUGGGAGGUAAUCGACAAGCACCAGGUCACUCAAUUCUACGUAGCCCCAACAGCUCUGAGAUUAUUGAAACGAGCCGGCGAUUCUCACGCCAAGCAUCCAAUGAAGCAUCUUCGAGUUUUGGGAUCGGUUGGCGAGCCCAUCGCAGCCGAAGUCUGGAAGUGGUACUUUGAGAUUGUUGGGAAGGAGGAGGCUCAUAUUGUCGAUACAUACUGGCAAACGGAGACUGGAUCCCACGUGAUUACACCCUUGGGUGGUGUCACCCCGACUAAACCUGGAAGCGCAUCAUUACCUUUCUUUGGUAUCGAGCCCGCGAUUAUUGAUCCAGUCUCUGGGGAAGAAAUACAUGGCAACGACGUAGAGGGUGUUCUGGCUAUCAAAAAGCCAUGGCCUAGCAUGGCUCGAACCAUCUGGGGUGCUCAUAAGCGAUACAUGGAUACAUAUCUUAACGUAUACAAGGGCUACUACUUUACUGGUGACGGCGCUGGCCGAGAUCAUGAAGGCUACUACUGGAUCCGAGGCCGCGUGGACGAUGUGGUCAACGUCUCUGGGCACAGACUCUCAACAGCGGAGAUCGAGGCAGCUCUCAUCGAGCAUCACCAAGUUGCAGAAGCGGCAGUGGUGGGCAUUCACGACGAGCUCUCAGGCCAAGCUGUCAAUGCCUUCGUCUCCCUCAAAGAAGGCAACGAAAGCAACGAUCAGGUUAAGAAAGAUUUGGUGCUUCAAGUUCGGAAGUCCAUUGGUCCUUUUGCUGCUCCGAAAGCAGUAUUCGUCGUUGAUGAUCUUCCUAAGACGAGGUCGGGUAAGAUCAUGAGGCGCAUCUUGCGUAAGAUUCUAGCCGGAGAGGAGGAUUCAUUGGGGGAUACCUCUACUCUCUCGGACCCAAGUGUGGUCGACAAGAUCAUCGAGAUAGUCCAGGCAUCACGGAAGAAGUAG